AACUUCAAUUAGUCAAUGGCCAACAGACGUGCUUAACACUUAAUUGAUUAUAGCUAGUUAUAUAUUAUUUUUGAAUUAUUUGUGCUGUAAAAAAGCCCCAAUUAGCUGGCAAGAAAAAAGUGUACUCAAAAUGCCAGGGCAGGAGUCGCAGGAGCAGGACAUCAUGAAUGUGCUGUACGAGGCGCGUCGCAUGCGCCGCAGCAGCACCACCUCGGUGCACAGCAGCUCGCAAAAGGUUGAGCAGGUCAAGAGGAUUAAGUCCAAGGAACAGCUGCUGGUGGAGCCGCCAAAGCAUGCCAAGCGCGUGACCUUUAGCAAGCCGCGUCUUGUGAUGCAACCACGGCAAACGACAGUCAAAGAGAGUGAGUCGCAAACGGGCCUCACUUCGUGUUUGAUAACCAAUCCUGGGCUCGAUCCGCGCAUAACUGGCGGCGCCAACAAUCCGGCGGAGCGCAGGGUUGGCUGGCUCGCGCGCACGGACAGUGAGUGCCAGUUCAAGGCACCAGGAAUUGAAUUUCUUACCGAACGCGAUACCGAUGUUGUCACAUUUGAGGUCAAGAUGCGGGAUUCGGUGCAGAGCGUCCAGGAUUAUACAACCAAGUGCGAUUACUUUCCCAAAUAUGUGGACAAACGUCGCUUUAAGGAUCAGACCACGCAGACACUUUACAGGGAAUCCUCGGCACAGACCCUUGCCUAUUUGCCGGACAUUACAGACAAGGAACAGGACGAGCAUUUGGAGAUAUUCAAUUUGUCCACACUACUGGCUGGCGAUAAGCCACCGGGCCUCUAUGAGGUUGAGAUCUUGGAGCGUGCCCGCAAGCGUUGGGCCUUCAACAAGGCGCUGAAGACGAACUUCCAGAAGCAGCUGCACGAGGAACGCGAAAGGGCCAUCAAAAGCAAAUACCGUCCCAUAUUGGAGGCGUUCGAGUGGGAGCACUGGAUGGAGCGCGAGGAGUAUAUCCAGGAGUGCCAGAUGAUGCGACUGGAGAUAGUCAUACGGAUGUUUGACAAGCGCGAGAAACAGAUGCACAACGCAUCCAAGUCACGCAUCGAGACCGCCUGCGAGACAAUCGAGCAGCGUCGCCAGCAUGGUCUCCACAAGAACGAGCUUGAAUAUCAGCGCGCGUUUCGACGUCUGCAGAUUAAGAACGCGGGCAUCUCAAGACGUUGGGUCAAACAGAGUCCCAUGUAUGCACUGGGCUCGCCCUGCUCCGAGUUCUACGGGCCGCUCAUACGGCACGGCGUGGAUCCGUCGCGUCGCAAUUUUGUCGGCGACGGCCGGAAGGCGUUCGAUAUGCGCAUCGAUGAUCUGGAGAAGCGUGUGAAUAUGGAACAGCUGGAGUGUCCAUUUACCAAGCUCAAGGAAUGGUCCAAGCCCAAGGAAUAUGUCAAGGAAUAUGAGCAGAACUUCUGCUCCGACAAGAAUCUGCAGAAGCUCUACGAAUCGCUGAAGAGUCUGCGCUCGCAAGCAACCAAACAAAAGACAUCGCCCAAAUGCCUGAAGCGUCGUCCGAAACCCGUUUCCGAUGUCGACCGAUUGACGUACACUGACGAUGAGAUAGAUCCCACCGAUUUCUUUGGCAAUCGACGACGCACGGAUGAGUCGCGAGCCAAGGCAUCUCUUCUGCCCGAACAGCAGCUGGCCAUACAGCAGCACCUUGGCGACGAGGAGCGGCGUCAUCGCCGACCGGAAUUGGCCAGAGAGCUGCUCCGUGAGCGGCGAAGCGAGGAUCUGGAGCAUCUGCUGCACAUGUACGAGGGCAGCACCAUUGGCUGGAUAAUGCAAUUCCUUUCCGAGGAAAUGGAACGUCUCAAGGAGCAGCGCAAGCUGCACUUCUUCUCCAUACUCACGCAAAAGGAGCGCUGGCGCCGGGAGGCCGCCGAGGCGGGUCUACGCCAAAAGGAGAACAGCAUGCGCUUGCUCUACGAGGACAUGUUCCAGCAGAGCAAUGUGGUCCACAAUGAGAUUACCGAUGACUAUAUCAACACGAUUCUAACCACCGAUAUGGCCCACAUAGCCGAAUGCGAUGCGGCCGAAACCGUUGUAUCUAUGGCCAAGCAAAUCGAUGCGGAUAUUCAGCGUUGGUUGGAGAGCUUCAAGGGCGUCCAGACACCGCUGACCUAUGGGCCGCUGCGUGAGAUGCUGCGCAGCAUGGUCUUUCCGGACCUGAGCGAGCUGCUGCUGAAAUAUGAGAAGAUCCUGAUCGCAAAAUAUAUUGUGGAGGAUGUGCUCUUUGGCCGCAUCUGGGACGAGCUGGAGAACUAUGAUAUAGCGAGCACAAUUGCGAGCGAUCUGAUUGAUCGUCUGAUCGAUAAUGAUCUAUAUUUCUUUUCCACGGAAAGUGAAAGCGAGCAGCCGAAACGCAACUGCGAGCGUGAGGCGGAGGCCAUAAUACGGAAAAUAAUACGCCAGGCGGUGCCCGGCCGGCGCUGGAAGACGGAAACGGAACGCAUUAUCCAUGAGAACUGUGUGAGUCUGUUGGAUGAUGUUUUCAACAGAAUUAUGGAGAAAAUAGACGCUGAUUUGCCACCGGUCGACCCAGUAGAGCUGCAGUUAGCCUAUUCCAGACAAGCGAUGACGCCCAUGGAUGAUAUACGUCACAUUACCGAGGAAAUGCAAACGGAAAGACACGAACGCAAGGAAAUAAUUGAAACGGACUCUCAAGUGACAUUUUUACGCACCCAAAUAUUGUCGCUCCUCAAGAAAAUGAAGGUCGAUAAUGUAACCAGAGAUCUGUACACCAAUGAACAAUAUCCGGGCGAUGACGCAAAGGAUGCCACCCAUGAUACGUUGCUCAAGAUGCAGGUGUACGAAACUGUUAAAGCUCAGGAAGGCCCAGACGGUGAAGAUAUUUUCAGUGUGAUCAGCGCAUUGGACCUUGGCCAGGAGGAUGACUUCAAAAUAUAUCGCAAAUCAUAUAAUCAUAAUGAACACGGCGUAUUGACGCAGCGUUUCUCGAGCACAUUAACUGAUAUUGGCAUCAAGUUUGAAACGGGUGGCACACAGACACGGAAGGAGGAUCAGAUCAUUGGUGCACUGCAUGAUUUUGUGGGUGAUUUAGUGGGUGAUGUCGAGGAGAAUACCGAAUAUGAGGCGGAUGACGAGCGCAGCUUGUGGAAUCAGGCCACAGGCGGGGGCGAGCGCGAGGGCGAGGAUGAGAAUGAGAAUGAGGAGGAGCAGGACUUUAAUAUAUAUGAUGGAAACCUUGAAGGCUCGGAGGAAUAUGAAGAAGAAGAGGAGCACGAGCUACAAGAGGUACGCGAGCGACAAGAGGAACUAGUGUUACAAGAGGAACUAGCGAUACAAGAGGAACUAGUGUUAAAAGAGAAUUUGGAAGAAGCCUCAGUGGAGGAGGAGAAUUUGGAAGGCGAUGAUAAACAAAUUUCGGAAAAAACAGGAUCACGAAUCUCGCUCCUAAUGCCCGAUGUCACUGAUCAAUUGGUUAGAAGCAAUACAUCCAACUCCUAUUUCCAGGGCAAACUCGGAUCCGCCACAAAGAGCGGAAUGUUCAGCAAUUACGAAUUGCAAACAGCUGCCGGGGAAGACCACCAUCCGGUUAAGACAAAGCUGUCGGUAACGCGCUCUGUACUAUCACAUCGCGAUUAA